AUGAAUAAAUACACAACAAUUAAGGUACUUGGCGAGGGCGGUUAUGGAAAAGCUCUUCUCGUCGAGGCGAAGAGCGACAAGCAGAAGUAUGUUGUUAAAGAAGUUCGCAUGGCAAACUUGAAACCACAAGAAAAACUUGAUGCGAAGAAGGAAGUCGAUGUACUUCAUGCUUUGAACCAUCCAAACAUCGUCAAAUAUGUUGAGUCUUUCCAAGAGAAUGGAAGAUUAUACAUCGUAAUGGAAUACGCUGAUGGAGGCGAUUUAUCACAAUUAAUCGAAAGACGAGGAAGAAAAUUACUCAGUGAAAGCGAUGUUAUGCACUACUUCAUUCAAAUAGCACUUGCACUCAAAUACAUGCAUGAUCGAAAAAUUUUACACAGAGAUUUGAAAGGACAGAACGUAUUUUUAUGCAAGAACGGAAAAGUCAAGCUUGGCGACUUCGGUAUUGCCAAGGUUCUCGAUAGUACUGCCCAAUUAUGCAAAACACAGAUUGGUACUCCAUAUUAUUUAUCACCGGAGAUUUGCGAAGGCAGGAGGUACAAUUCGAAGACAGAUAUUUGGUCUCUUGGCUGCAUUCUUUACGAGUUAUGCACACUCCACCAUCCAUUCGAUGCUUCAAACAUGAAUGCAUUACUUGCCUGCAUUAUUCGUGGCAGAUACUCUCCGAUAUCAAGCCAAUACAGCUCAGAUUUACGUAAUCUUGUUAGCCGCAUGCUUACAAAGGACACAAAACCACGUCCUUCCAUAAAUCAAAUUAUUAUGUUACCAUUUAUCAAGAACCAUCUCGAAGAAUACCUCGACGAUACACUCCUCAGGUACGAACUAGGCCAUACCAUCAUCCAUGGCCGCAAACCUCUCAAGGCUCCCACAAUUAUUCUUAAUAAGGACGAAAAGAACAACAACGACUUAGCUCCCAUACCAGAAGGUACUCCAGAGAAGAAGCAGCAUCCACCUGCACAAUCUCCACAGCAGCCGCAACAACAAAGACCUUUACUUCCAUUCGGACAACCGCAAAAACCGCAACGUAUCGAUUACAGGCGUGAACACGGUCCGAUUGUUUUACCACCACGCAAGAGCGAUGCCGACAAAGCGAAGGAAGAAGCAGAGAGGAAAGCCAAAGAAGAAGCCGAGCAGAGAGCGAAAGAAGAGCAAGAAAGGAAGAAAGCAGCUUUAGAAGCAGAAUUAGAACGUCGUAGGAAGCAAGAAGAAGAGGAGAAGAAGCGUGAAUACGAAGCCAAGAAGCAGAAGAUGCUUGAAUACGAAGAAAGAAGAGCACAAAGGAAACGAGAAGCAGAAGAAUUCAUCAGAAAGAAACGCGAACAAGAAGAGAAAAGAAAACAAAUGGAUGAAGCUGCGAGAAAGAAACACAGAGAUGAAAUGAUCGCACAAAUGAACAGAAACAAAGAAGCAGAAGAUGAAAGACGCCGCAAAUUCAAAGAAGACAUUGAAAGAAAGAAGAGAAUUCAAUUGAGAAGAGACCAAAAACCACAAAUUGCUGCUUCAGAUCCAACAUUAGAUCCAUCAUUCCCUCAGCAGAACCAGCCUGACCAGAAGAAGGAAGUCUUGGGAUCCUUCUACCAGGCAAACAAAGAAAAACUUCCUGCUUGGGUAAACAAAAAAGAAAACGUGGCAAAACCGUCAAGACCACCACGUACAAAAACUCCUCUUGCAGAAAGACCUCCUUUCGAUCUCGGCGAUCCAACACCAUCCAUCCUCGAAGGCAAGCCUGAAGAAGAAGAGCCAGUCAAGAACUCUGUCGAGAUCACAGCGGAAGAGCGCAGAAAGAUCUGGAAAGAGAAUUUGGCCGCUAAGAAACAUAACGUUGCUGCUGCAAAUGAUGUCGUUGUUGGUGUCGAACCCGAUGCUCCUUUGGAUAUCGAAGUAACACCAAGUAUUGCCAAGUCUGAUAUCUCUGCUGAAGAAAGAAGAAGAAUCUACAACGAGAACAGAAAAGGAUACAAAGAAAACAGAAAUAACCACUUGAGAAAUGAACUCGACAUGAAAAUGGACAACAUGUCAGAACCGCCGCCAAAAAUUGAGGAUGACGAUGAAAGUGAUAGUUUCGGAUUUUCUGAUAAUGGUGAUGACUUCAAUGAUGAAGAGGACAAUGGAGAGGCUCUCGAAGACUCUCUUAACCUGGCUUGCUCUUUGAGAGACGCUUUAACUGUUGUCGAAGGAACAGAUGAUUCAUUCGGUGAUUCCGAUGAUAACGAUGAUGACGAUAAACAAAAUCAAUCUUUGACAAUUGAUGAAGUCAAUCAAAAAUUGGCUUCCCUCGCAUCAUUCGAUGAUAUUGAGAAGUACAGAAGAAUGAUGGCACAGGAUGGAGCUAAUGUUAGAGAUAUCCCUCCAUGCAUCUAUAUUUUGUUGCAGAAAUUAGCUUGCUUAGAAGCAAAUAAUUAA